GGGUAAUUUUCAUCACUAAAUGCCUAUGCAAUCAAAUGUAUGUUAUGCCUGCAUUUUUCGUAUAAAACCAAGCGUUUGGCCUCGCUGCACUUUUAGUACGUUUUCAGCGUUCGAACAGUUAUUAGGAAAAUUAAUUUCGAAAUUUGAAUUUUAUACCUUUAGUAGAAGCAAAACCCGCAUUGCAAAACUCGUAAUGCCAACAAAAUCGGUUCACAAAUGGAUGUCCGAUGAAAUGGAGCGGCUGUCGACGAAAUUUGCACGCUAUAAGCCCAGCUGCAAUGGCUACAAUCGCAUACAACCUGUGCUGCUGUCACGUAGUGUCACCCAAAUGUUGAAUAAUCCAUUACCAGUUGAGGAUCAAAUAGGCAGCACCAUGAUGGCGAGCCAACAACAUCAAAAGCAACAGCAGCACAACCAGUACCAACACCAACAACAGCAAGGACACGUACGUCCAAAAGGUGUGCUGAGUCGCUCCGAAGCCGAAUGGGAAGAAGUUUAUCCGACUGUACAAUUCAGUAGAAGCGAUUGCUGUGAGCAGGACGGCAAGACUACACAGCGAAAAUUCGCAUACUAUCGCAAUUGUUCAACAAGGAUAAGUUAAAGAGCCUGCACAGUGGUGCAUUUCAAUUUAUAAUUUCAAUGAGAGCAAUGCGUUUUUAGUACUGCCAAAAUAAAAAUGUAAUAAUGUAUAGAAAAUAUUUAGUAUUAGUUUUUGCAAGUGUAAUGUGUUGCAAAUAUAACAGAUUUAGAUAUGCAUACAUAAAUCUUAAGGAUUAUAUUGUGUUUGUGUUUGUGUUUUAGAUAAAAGAAAAAUUUGAAAAAUAAAACACAUUUGUUCUCUUCGAAGCUGUUUUUCGUUAGUGCUGCGAGGUUCUGGCAUUCAAUUCUUGAUAUUGUUAAGACUGUAAUGAAUAUUAAAAUACAUAUUUACUUUAAUUCUAUACGAUGAAUGUAAUAGCAAAUUAACUUUUCUCGCUUCUUCAUUUCCUUCUCUUCUGUUAUUACACAAAAUUACAUUGUUGAGUUUCUAAAACGUAAGGAAUAAUAAUUUCUGUUGUUUUAUGUUAAUUUUU